AGCCAAGACAGCAGUCACUGCUGUUCACUUGUACUGCCAGGAAAGCUAGGGCCUGGACGAGACAACUGUUCUUUUGGAAAUAUUUGAGGCUGCCAUCCAGCACUAGGGCAUUGGUGAGACUCCUGGCUGUGGCCUAUGGGCCUCUGAGGAGGUGUUGUAAGUCUGCCCAGCUUCCCACUUACUGUGUUAGCACUCAAUGGGAAGGGAACCAAGGUACCAGGCCAAGCGGGUCCAGACAUUGACACAGAAUCUGAGAGGAAAGGCCAGGCUUUAUCCAGCCAUCAGCCACAAGGUCCAAGCGGUGCAAGGAUGGAAGUCAAAGGUCAGCUGAUCAGUUCUCCUACCUUCACGGCCCCAGCUGCCCUGUUUGGAGAGGCUGCCCCACUGGUGAAGUCAGACCGUCUUCGAGGGCUGCUUGACCGCCAGCGAGCCUUGCAAGAGGCCCUGAGCGUAAAACUUCAAGAGCUCAGGAAAGUGUGUCUGCAGGAGGCGGAGCUAACUGGUCAGCUGCCCCCUGAGUGCCCACUGGAGCCUGGUGAACGACCUCAGUUGGUCCGCCGGAGGCCCCCUGCAGCACGUGCCUACCCUCCACCACACCCAAACCCAGCACACCACUCCUUGUGUCCUGCUGAGGAACUGGCUCUUGAGGCCUUGGAGAGGGAGGUAUCGGUGCAGCAGCAGAUUGCAGCUGCUGCCCGCCGCCUGGCCCUGGCCCCUGACCUCAACGGAGAACAGAGGCGGCGCAGGCGCCAGGUACAGGUUGAUGCACUUCGAAGGCUGCACGAGCUGGAGGAGCAGCUCAGGGACUUCCGGGCCCGUCUUGGCCUCCCGGUGCUCCAGCCACUGCCACUGUCUGCAGGAGCACUAGUCAAUGCCCAGGGUGUCUGCCUGGGUACACGCCUUGCUCAGCUCAGCCAAGAGGAUGUAGUUCUGCACUCGGAGAGCAGCUCCCUCUCAGAGUCAGGGGCCAGCCAUGAUAACGAGGAGCCUCAUAGCUGCUUCCCUCUAACGGAGCGCCCCUCACCACCAAAAGCGUGGGACCAGUUUCGGGCAGUAUCUGGGGGGAGCCCUGAGCGACGAGCCCCAUGGAAACCUCCACCAUCAGAUAUUUAUGGGGACCUGAAGAGCCGACGCAACUCUGUGGCCAGCCCCACCAGCCCCACACGCUCGCUGCCCAGGAGUGCCUCCAGUUUUGAGGGGCGAAGUGUGCCUGCUACCCCUGUCCUCACCCGGGGCAGUGGCCCCCGGCUCUGCAAACCGGAAGGCCUCCAUUCUCGCCAGUGGUCCGGUAGUCAGGACUCCCAGAUGGGCUUUCCUCGGCCUGACCCUGCUUCGGAUCGGGCCUCCCUCUUCGCAGCUCGUACCCGCCGCAGCAAUAGCUCUGAGGCCCUGCUGGUGGACCGCGCAGCUGCUGGCGGAGCUGGAUCUCCACCUGCCCCGCUGGCUCCCCCUGCUGCUGGUCCCCCAGUUUGCAAGAGCAGUGAGGUGCUGUAUGAGCGCCCGCAACCAGUCCCUUCCUUCUCUUCCCGUACCACUGGCCCCCCAGACCCUCCUCGGGCUGCCAGGCCUAGCUCAGCUGCCCCUGCAUCCCGUGGCGCCCCCCGGCUCCCAACUGUGUGUGGAGACUUCCUCUUGGACUAUCCAUUGGACCGAGGCUUGCCCCGCGGUAGUGGCGGGGCAGGUUGGGGGGAGCUGCUGCCUGCUCCUGAGGUCCCAGGACCCCUUUCCCGCAGAGAUGGGCUCCUUGCCAUGCUCCCAGGUCCUCCACCCAUAUAUGCAGCUGAUGGCAGCAGCCCCCUCCUCCGCAGCAAGGACCCCAACACCCGUGCCAUCCGUUCCAAGCCCAGUGGCUUACCCCCAGAAGCUGUGGAGGGUCUGGAAGUGCAUCCAAAUCCAUUACUCUGGAUGCCCCCACCCACUCGGAUACCUCCAGCUGGAGAGCGAGGUGGCCACAAGAACCUUGCCUUGGAGGGGCUGCGGGACUGGUACAUCCGGAACUCGGGACUGGCAGUUGGUCCCCAGCGCAGGCCAAUGCUCCCGCACGUGGGGCCAACACACACCCCCUUCCUCCAUGCCCGCUGCUAUGAGGUGGGCCAGUCACUCUAUGGCCCUCCCAGCCAGGCACCGCUCCCGCACUCCAGGAGUUUUACAGCGCCCCCUGUCUCUGGCAGGUAUGGGGGUGCUUUUACUGAUGGGUAGGGUUAUUGAUUCAGAUGCUGAAGGUAUCCUGACCGGGGAGCAAGGACCACAAGGCAAUGGGCUAUAGUAGCUAUCAGACAUAACUUUUAUUAUUAGUCCUUGGGGUCCUGGUGAGGAGGAACUUGGGUGUUGGUAGCAGUUCUUUCCCAAGCUUUAGAAGGGGUUUUCUAUUCUCCCUAGUGUAUGGCAGCUGGCAGUGAGCCUUGAAGUCCGGGUAAUGGGAGAAAGGGACUUGUGCUAUCCCUGGCUUUCUCUUCCAAGCUUACCCCAUGCUUGAGAACCUGAAGGUGCUGUCCUGUACCUGUCUCCACCUCUUUAACAGCUUCUUUUCCUCUCUCUGUGUGUGUCCUCUCCGUCUUUUCCUCUCUCACCUUGUCUUCCCUACCUGUCUUCCCGAUUCCUGCUGUCCUCCCUUUCUAAAGAUACUACACGGAUUUCCUGUAUCCCCCGGAGCUGAGCGCUCGUUUAAGUGACCUGACGCUAGAGGGGGAGCCGUCUUCCAGUUCUGACACCCAGACACCAGGGACACUGGUCUGACCCUAAGCCCUGUGUCGGUCUGGACAAACUCCAGUCUGAGGAGCACACAGUCAACCUCGCUGAGCCCUGAGAUGUGGUGGCUCUUUGUCCUGAGGGACACUUGCCUGAUCUCACAGGACCCCUGGCUUCUUUUUGGCCCAGGAAGAUAUCUGAUACUCCUGCUUCUCUUCUCAUCCUGUGCUGGGGGAACUGGAGGGCCCCAGCUAGCUUCAAAGACUCUACCCCUCCCUCCAUUUCUGUUUACAGUUGUGAUUUAGUACUCUGUCAUUGCCCAACACUAGGUGUUUUAUAAAAGGGAAACUGUGAGCUCGUUCCUGGUUGGGUUCAUUCCUGUCCCCAUGACCAACCUGUUCCAUUCCAGAGCCACCACCACCCUGCCUCAACAAAAUGGACCAUAAAGAGUCUCUGGGGCUGGGAGACUGCUGGGAACAGAAUUCCCUGCUUCCUCCCGCUAGAGUCUUUGAGCAGAUGGGCAGCGGGCUUCUGUCCACAUUUGGAAGGAUGGAAGUCUAAGUGGGGGUACCUGAAGGAGCUCUGUCUCUGUCUCUGCCCAAUCAGAAGGCCGUACAAGAGGUUGUCAAGAAACAGAGCCAUUUGAGUAUGUUGCAUCCUGUGAUGCUGCAGUGGCUAAACCUGGCAGCUAGUACAUGCCAGUCAAACCCUCAGGUGACAUCUGGCCAUGGGUUGCAGGCCACAUCAUGUCCUCCUUGGCAUUCCUUCUUUUACCACUUUUUAAACAAAUCCACAUAAGCUGUGUUUUCUAUAUUGUCUGUGACUUUCUGGAGCUGGGGGUUCCCCUGCCCCCGUUACCUGGUGUUUAAAAUUUUCUUUUUGUACCAAUGGAUCUGGGCCCAAGACACUACUCACACUGGAAGGGGAUUUCUAUAAUAAAUGUAUAAACUGAA